CUCCCUCCACCAGCAGCAGCUGGACUCGCUCCCCUCCCCGUUUCUGCACAAGCGGAGGCGACUCCCUCCUCACCCGAUGAGUUUCGGCGCAGAAGAGACGGGGGAAAAAAGCAAGCAGGUUGUUAUGGGAGAGGAUUAAAACACGUGUGCUUAAGGGUACAAGAACAACGACAGGUAGGAAGGAUCUAAUCCAGGCCCCUGAAAGACACGAGCCCACCAGCUCCAUGCCCUGCCUCUCGUCAUUACCGAGUCAAAAGAGUGUGUGUCCUGUGAGCGUGCCACAUCCUUACUGAAAUCUCCUGACCCGGCACAACAUAUCCCCAACCCCCGGACCUGCCACGUUGCACUGCUUGGCUGGUCGGCAGCUCCCCUCGCUGUGGGCCAGGAUGAAUGAUGUUCUGGAGGCCAUCUCCCCGGCGACCAGCCUCAGCGGUCCAGCUACCUGCGUCUCCAAAGUAGAGCUGCGCGUGUCUUGCAAAGCCCUGCUGGACCGAGACACGCUGAACAAGUCAGACCCAUGUGUCAUUCUCAUGGUGCAGACCAACGGACAGUGGACAGAGCUGGACAGGACAGAAGUGAUCAAGAGCAACUUGCAUCCAGUCUUUGCCAAGGUUUUCUCAUGGGACUACUACUUUGAGGAGGUUCAGAAGCUGCGAUUUGAAGUCUAUGACAUCCAUGGCACUCACAGCAUUGGGACCCGCGAUGACGACUUUCUGGGCGGGGUGGAGUGCACUCUUGGCCAGAUUGUGGCCCAGAAGAGGAUGGUGAAGCCUUUGUUGCUUAAGUAUGGGAAGUACGCCGGCAAAUCCACCAUCACUGUGCAUGCUGAGGAAAUUUCUGGCAACAACGGUUAUGUGGAGCUCUCCUUCUGUGCCAAGAAGCUUGAUGACAAGGAUCUCUUCAGCAAGUCAGACCCAUUUUUGGAAAUAUACCGAAUCAAUGACGAUGAAACCGAACAGCUUGUGCACAGAACAGAAGUGAUUAAAAACAACCUGAAUCCUGUGUGGGAGCCCUUUAAAGUGUCUCUCAUAUCUCUGUGCAGCUGUGAUGAGGAGCGCAAGCUCAAGUGCCUCGUGUGGGAUUAUGACUCCAGGGGCAAACAUGACUUCAUCGGCGAGUUCUACGCCACAUUCCGGGAAAUGCAGAAAAUUUCCAGUGGAAAUAAGGUUACGUGGGAUUGCAUCAAUCCCAAGUACAAACAAAAGAAGAGGAACUAUAAAAACUCCGGAGUUGUCAUCCUCAGUGACCUCAAGCUCCACAGAGUGUACUCCUUCUUAGAUUACAUCAUGGGUGGAUGCCAGAUUCACUUCACGGUUGCGAUUGACUUCACAGCCUCCAAUGGGGACCCAAGGAACAGCUGCUCUUUGCACUACAUCAACCCUUACCAACCCAACGAGUACCUGAAGGCGUUGAUAGCAGUGGGGGAGAUCUGUCAAGACUAUGAUAGUGACAAAAGGUUUUCAGCUCUGGGGUUUGGUGCCAGAAUCCCUCCAAAUUAUGAGGUAUCCCAUGACUUUGCCAUUAAUUUCAACCCAGAGGAUGAUGAAUGUGAAGAGAUCCAAGGAGUGGUUGAGGCAUACCAGAACUGUCUUCCCAAGAUCCAAUUGUACGGCCCAACCAAUGUUUCUCCCAUCAUUAACAGGAUAGCAAAGCUAGCAGCAGGCGACGGCAACAUUAAAGAUGCCUCUCGGUACCACAUCCUGCUCAUCCUCACGGAUGGUGUAGUGACAGACAUGGCAGACACGCGGGAGGCUAUCGUGCGAGCCUCCUACCAGCCUCUCUCCAUAAUCAUUGUUGGUGUGGGCAAUGCAGACUUCACAGACAUGCAGAUUUUGGAUGGAGAUGAUGGAGUUCUGCGCUCACCAAAGGGUGAACCAGUCCUGAGGGAUAUUGUGCAGUUUGUGCCCUUCAGAGACUUCAAAACGGCUUCACCUGCAGCCCUGGCCAAAUGUGUUCUGGCGGAGGUGCCCAAGCAAGUAGUGGAGUACUACAGCCAUAAGGCCAUCUCCCCUAUGUGUCCUUUGAGGGAUUUACUGACCCCCAUCCUCAGCCCGGUCGCCACCUCCCCUACUGAAUAACCGUCCUUCCUGCUUUUGGACCGAGCCUGGACCACAGCGGCAGUCCAGCAAACUGAGGGGGAGAAAAGACGCAUGCCUUGCGAUAUUGGGGAUGGACUGGAGAAGAAGAACCUUUCUAAAUGUGUUGUUACUCCUUUAUCUCAUUUUUCACACCUAUCAAAGUGUUUACAUGCGACAGUACAUACAGGCUGUGCAAACCGUGACCAUCCACCUCAUGGUUUUCAGCAUCAUGAGGCUUGUGUUGUUUUUACCCCAUCAUUUUUUUUGCAUGCAGGCCAAUCCCUCCGCGCUGAUCCAUCCAUCGGAUGAAGGUUUAUUAUUUUUUCCUGACCUUAAAAUUCAACAGCUGUGUCUUUCAUGUUGCCGUUUUACUAAAGUCAUAUCUUCAGAUUAUUUUGAAGAUGUGCUGUAUGCCAAAAUCCAAUUCCUUAUCUGAAAAAUACAGACUAUAUUCCUCAUUGAAUUACAAGAAGAAUAUAUAUUAUUGGCAAUGCUGCAUUCAGAAUUUUCAUUACAUUGACUUUCACUUACACACCUUAGUCUCUCCAUCUGCUCAAUUGACCUUACUUUGGAUUAUAAUGAGGCAAUAUUUUCAGACACACACUAUAAGCAAACCAUGUAUUGACAUUGAACAGUUAGCAGGUGCAGAUCGCCAGGUUGGUGUAUUCUAUGUUAAUAAUUACCAAACUACCAGGUAGUUAGGCAUUCUUCAAAAUAUUGAGUCUUUAUUUACUUCUGAUGUUUCACCGCUUUAGAAGUGUUCAUGUUGUACAUCUUUGAA